AUGCUGGUUCUAUUAAGGGCGGAAUCCGGAUUUCUCCCUUUUGCAUCACGUCCAGGAGUCCGACGAGUACACUACAAUAGUCUCUGGGUUCCAGGACAACACCGAGGCGCUUUUUGGAAGGCUGCUUCCGAGGAAGAAACUAGCAGCUCCACCUCUACUGAUAGUGAUGAUCCUUGGGCCGAAUAUCGCAAUAAAAACAACAUUGAGGAUCAAGUGGUCUCGGCCAUUUCCAAAGAUGGCGGAAUCAAAGUGACGGCCUGUACAAAUUCGCAAUAA